UUCCCGUAGAGGAGACUGAACACAGAGGGAAGAAGAGGAGAGGCAGGCUGGGCACACACAGGCCUCUCUCCACUUGGGGGAUACAAGAAGCUGCUUCCAUUUCAGCCCUGGCACGACUGCUACCUGGUUGUUAUGAAUAAGAUCCAAUGCCCCUGUGCCCCUGUGGAUUGUGUGCCCAUCACAGCAGAGCAUCUCCUAUGCCUGGGUAUUAACAGUGCAGGGCUGCUCAGCACCAACACUGGGGACUUAGUGCAGGAGAAGGACCAGGACCCCUGAAGGAGCAGCUCACCAUGGUGUGGAUCACACAGGGCUCUAGCAGGGCAGGGCUGGAUUUCUUGCAUUCAUUGGUGCUUUUUUGGCAAACCUUGCUUUGGAUUGUAAGUGCUGUGUCUGCAGAGCAGCAGUAUUUCAAUGUAGAGGGUUGGCUGCAGAAUUACGGCUACCUUCCACCAUCAGACCCCAGAAUGUCGGUAUUGCGCUCUGCGGAAACCAUGCAAUCAGCUAUAGCUGCUAUGCAGCAAUUCUAUGGCAUUAAUAUCACAAAAACUGUCGACAGAUACACAAUUGACUGGAUGAAGAAACCACGAUGUGGUGUGCCUGACCAGAAAAGUGGUAUUUCCAGAUUUAGUGUCCGACGAAAACGUUAUGCCUUAACUGGGCAGAAGUGGAAUCACAAGCAUAUCACAUACAGUAUAAAGAAUGUCACUCCAAAAGUGGGAGACACAGAAACGCGUAAAGCCAUUCGCCGUGCCUUUGAUGUUUGGCAGAAUGUAACUCCAUUGACAUUUGAAGAAGUCCCGUACAAUGAGUUAGAAAAUGGCAAACGGGAAGUGGACAUAACCAUCAUCUUUGCAUCAGGUUUCCAUGGAGACAGCUCGCCAUUCGAUGGAGAGGGGGGAUUUUUGGCACAUGCUUAUUUCCCUGGACCUGGAAUCGGAGGAGAUACACAUUUUGACUCUGAUGAGCCGUGGACCUUAGGAAAUCCCAAUCAUGAUGGAAAUGACCUAUUUCUGGUGGCAGUACAUGAAUUGGGUCACGCUUUAGGAUUGGAACACUCCAAUGACCCCACUGCUAUAAUGGCCCCUUUUUACCAGUACAUGGAAACCGACAACUUCAAGCUACCUACUGAUGAUUUACAGGGAAUCCAGAAGAUAUAUGGUCCUCCUGAAAAGAUCCCUACACCAACAAAACCUCUUCCUACAGUGCCACCACAUCGGCCUAACCCACCAGCAGAUCCUCGUAAGAAUGACAGACAACCUCGACCUCCUAGGCCUCCGAAUGGAGGAGACAGGCCUUCUUAUCCAGGAGUUAAGCCUAACAUCUGCGAUGGCAAUUUUAACACCCUGGCUAUAUUACGCCGGGAAAUGUUUGUCUUUAAGGAUCAAUGGUUCUGGAGAGUUAGAAAAAAUAAAGUAAUGGAUGGAUAUCCUAUGCAGAUAAGUGUCUUCUGGAGGGGUCUACCACCGAGUAUUGAUGCUGUAUAUGAAAAUAGUGAGGGCAACUUUGUCUUCUUUAAAGGUAACAAAUACUGGGUAUUCAAAGAUACAACAUUACAACCAGGUUAUCCUUACGACUUGAUCCACUUAGGACACGGUAUUCCACCCCAUGGCAUAGACACCGCUGUUUGGUGGGAAGACGUCGGGAAGACUUAUUUUUUCAAAGGCGACAGGUACUGGAGAUAUAAUGAAGAAAUGAGAGUUAUGGACCCCGGAUACCCCAAAUCAAUAACAAUAUGGAAAGGGAUACCAGAAUCACCUGAAGGAGCUUUUGUGGACAAAGAGAAUGGCUUCACUUACUUCUAUAAGGGGAAAGAAUACUGGAAAUUUCACAACCAGAGGCUGAAAGUUGAACCUGGAUACCCACGGUCAAUUCUUAAAGAUUAUAUGGGAUGUGAGACUUCAGUUGACCGAGACAAAGAUCGAACCAGUACUCAAGAUGACGUAGACAUUGUCAUGAAGCUAGACAACACAGCCAGCACUGUGAAAGCCAUAGCUAUAGUAAUCCCCUGUAUCCUGGCCCUGUGCCUCCUUGUCUUGGUUUACACAGUCUUUCAAUUCAAAAGGAAAGGAACACCCCGCCACAUACUGUACUGUAAACGCUCUAUGCAAGAGUGGGUGUGAUGUAGGGAUUCUUCUUCUAGAAAUGUUGAGGUUACUUGAGAUUUAACAUCAGAGCUAUUAUGCCAUUCCCUAGCUAGACACAGGCAUCUGUGGGCCAGGGUCACAUGGCUGAUCUUUACAAUCCAAGAGGUUUUGUGUCCUGCACUUGAGUGGGGAUUCAAUCAUCUGGGGAGCUUCCAUGAAAUACAGUUUCUGCCGUUCCUCCAGUUUUUGUAUUUCUUUGUCAUUCAGUUUUAGGCCUUUUCCUCUGCUCUCUGGAGGCAAACUUUGUGUCCAGAAGUAACAACGAGGAGGUAGAAUAAAUCCUAAAAUAGUCAAUUUUUGCUUUCGAAUUCCUCUAGUUUUGAAUACUGCAGAUCCUCUCUGAAAAUUUUAUUUUUACGCUGCAAUUUGCGAGCAUCCGAAUAACAGAAGAAUCACCCAAAAUGAACCUUCCACCGAGUUUGAAGACCCAAAACAGCUUUGUUUCCAAAGAGGAUUGAUUCUCUGUCUGCUAUGGCUAGAUGCCCACAACGAAACGUGUGGGAGAACAACGUGACUUGGGACCUUGAGACUGUUUGGACAGACUUUUUUUUUUCCAACAAACAAGGGGCCAAAUUAUCUGCAAUACAGUAACAGCCUUAAUGAUACAUUCAUUUUGUGUUUUAUACAACUUUUUCUGAGCUUUGUCCAAAAUGUUUUGAACACAUUUUUAGUCAUUAAUAUACUGAACAAAAAAAUCGUCUUUGCUUUUAUUAUUUUUUUAUUUUAUUAUUUUCGCAUCAUGAUAUUUGAUCAGCUGCCUAGGGCACUUAUUAGGUCUGCCAGGAACACUCAUUUGAACCAUGGUGGGAAGCAGAACGUCUCAGAAGUACGUUGCUAUGAGCUGUGGCAACAUGGCCGUCCUGUUGUGAAGGAAAUUGCGAAAAGUAUUUUGACUCUGUAACCCUUUGGGCACUAUUGUAUCAAUUCUCAGAUUCUAAUGGACUAGGCUGGCUUGUUAUUGAAACAAUAUGCAUGUGAAGAAGAAUUGUGGUAAAUAAGAGUAAAGAGGAAAAUACAAAACUCAGUAUUUUGAGAAAAUAAUUUCCACUCAAGAACAGAACAGAUUCUAAAUUACAUUUUAUUGUAGAGCACAGAGGUCUAAGGAAGACUAGGGAAAGGGAGGGUUCGAAAUAACCAGUGGUAGGAUAGAUAAGACUACAGAACAAAUUUUUUUACUUGGAAGUCUAACUUGCCUUAUAUGAUUAUAUCUGGAAGUUACUAUCAAUACUAGAGGGCAUUUAAAUACUUUAAGCAUUAAAAAAAAGGUGUCCUUUAGUCGCAUAGAUUACUGUAGUUCUUACAGGGCAAAAAGGUGGUGGCGCUUCAGCAGAGUAGGAGUAGCACCAAAGCACUUUCUUCUUGUGAAACGUGUUACAUCCAUCUCCAGCGAUAGGUCAUUCUUUAUUAAAAUUUUUGUAUUUUGCAUUCCUAGAGCAGAGUCAAUAUCUCUAUGGAAGUGAUUACAACUGCUUUUGCAGUAUUAUACAUCUACAAGCACUAUGCUAUAAACACUUAAUGAACGGUAUAUUGAACGCAGUUGGGGUGCGAUCAGCCGGCUUCAUCCUAAAGUCAGCAAGUAGGAAACUGAGUGUUCUAUGGAAACAGUAUGCCUUUAUCCAAACGUGUGUCCUGUUGACUGUCAUGAUUUAAACUUUGUCAUUUUAUAGAAAGCUUGCUGUAUAAAAUGGAGCACCGUUCUCGCUCUUUGUGCCCUCUGACCUUUAGCGUAUGUCAAACAAUAGAACCUUACUUAAGAUGUAUGGCGAAUGCAAGUUGUCAGUGAAUGAUGGUUUAUAAAUUAAGUUUGUCUAGUAAAUUUAUAACACACAAAGUGUGCACAUGUACUCGCAUUUCAAUAUAGCAUUUUUUUUUAUUCAAGAGUACUUGAAUUUUUAAAGAAAAUAUGUAUAUGACUAGGUGGAAUAAUUUGCACACAAAUGUCUAUGUGGGCAUACAGUAUAUAGCACAUUGUAUUGCUGCCUCAUCCUUGCAAUGUUACUUACUGGAGAUAAACAUAGGCUAAUGGCAACCUUGCUGAUCCUUUUCUUUUUUGUUUUGUCUUUUUGUCUUACACAAUAAAUUUCCCAUCCUUAUCAUUCCAACAACUGUAGAAUCACCUCACUCAUAUUUCAAUAUAUAUAUAUAUAUAUAUAUAUAUAUAUAUAUAUAUAUAUAUAUAUAGGCCAAGUACAAAAAUUACAAACAUUUUUUCCAAUUCGGGGUUGUGAUAGACCCCAUUACUGUCCCACAAUAUGUAUAAUCAAUUGCAUCGUUUGUGUAACAGUAUGUUAAUAAAAUGUUAGCUUAUUUUUUAUUUUGGUUUAAAACUCUGCUAGAAUUUAUUCUUUUAAUGCUUUGAUCUUUAAGUUAUGUUCUAAACCACAGAUCACUGACAUUUAUGACAUAAUGGCCCUGAUUUACUAAGAGUGAUGGGUUUUUAUUAGUGUGAAAUGUUGUUUCAGACUUGCAUGAUCCCACUCUAUUUACUCUGGGGAGUCACAGGUCCUGAAAGUUCUACUUUUGUGAGAAUUUCCAACCAUUUAUUCACAGGAUUUUGUGUGAAUUCAAUAGUAAAUAGAUUGGAUUGUGAAAACAUUCCCCUUUUUGGGUCAACCACGCCCCUUUUAUGUUGGACACGCCCAUUUAUGGGUUUUAUUUUGGCAUAUCGUGUCACAAAUUCUGGCGCAGACACAAUUUGUGGCACAAUGCACCAAAAUGUGGCACGUUUCGCCAUAUGUGGCGCACAAUCCAACAAAAGCAGGUUAGGUUCAUAAUAGUAAAUCAGGGCCAUUGGUAGCUUAUUGUUAUCACUGCUGCAGCUCCUUAUUUUCUUUAAGCAAACAAGGCUCCGGACUAAGGGCAGUGUAGCAGCCAAGUGGCUGCAAGGUUGAUAUUGAUAUGCUAUUGAUAUACCAGUAAUAUUAAUAUUGAUAAUGUUAGGAAAAUAUCCACAUAAAAUGCCCAUGCAUUUAAAAUGGGUUAUCCAGCAAUAGAAAAACAAAGGUCAUUUCUUUCCAAAGCCGAUCCCUGUCUGUCUUCAGGUUGGGUCUGGUUCUGCAGCUCCGUUCCAUUGAGAUGAAUGGAGCCAAGUUGUAAUACCACACCCAACCUGGAGACAGAUGAGCUGUUCUGGAAAUAAAUUACCUGUGUUUUUCUAUUCCCAGAUAACCCCUUUAAAGUUGACAUUAAAAAGGAGUCUCAUGCAGUUAUUUUAUAUCAAACUUUAUUUUUUGUUAUUGUUUCAGGUAUGACUUUUUGUGGGAACAAAGCAUUGUUGAAACAUACAGGUUCUAAAACAAAUUAGAU